GAUGAUGACGCAUUGCCGUAUCAACGCUUCGUGGUACAGCUGUGGCACGAAUUUUACUGCCGUGUUUGUGUUAAUUAACGUUUUAGUUUAUAUUCGUAUAUUAUUAUAGUAUUAUAACUAUAUACGAACAUUAAUAACGACACGGUGAGGUGAGCAGCGGGAGUGUGUUUUAGACCCGGAUGAAGGAUGGCAGGGGUGUUCGAUAUCGACCUGGAGUCAGAGGACAUGAGCGAUGCAGAGGAUGAAGUGUGUAACUUCACGGUGGCAGAAACCGAGCUCAUAGAGACAGAGGAAGUGGAGCUCACCAGCGCCAGCGUGAACAGGGACAGUGAGCGAGUCGGACCGGACUGCUUUGAACUGCUCACAGUGCUCGGGAAAGGAGCUUACGGCAAGGUUUUUCAGGUGCGGAAGGUUCAGGGAAGUCAGAUAGGAAAAAUAUUCGCCAUGAAAGUUCUGAAAAAGGCAAAAAUAGUUUGCAGCGCAAAAGACACCGCACACACACGGGCGGAGCGAGAGAUCCUGGAGACGGUGCGUCACCCCUUCAUAGUGGACCUGUGGUACGCCUUCCAGACUGGCGGCAAACUCUACCUCAUACUGGAAUGCCUGAGUGGUGGUGAGCUGUUCAUGCAGCUGGAGAAGGAGGGGAUCUUCAUGGAGGACACGGCCUGUUUUUAUCUGGCGGAGAUAACGUUGGCGCUCGGCCACCUUCACUCCAACGGGAUCAUUUACAGAGACCUGAAACCUGAGAACAUCAUGCUCAAUCACGAAGGCCACAUUAAACUCACCGACUUUGGCUUGUGUAAGGAAUCCAUCCAUGAUGGCAGCGUCACGCACACCUUCUGUGGUACCAUCGAGUACAUGGCUCCAGAGAUUUUGAAUCGUUCAGGACACAACAAAGCUGUGGACUGGUGGAGCCUCGGAGCUCUGAUGUAUGACAUGAUGACUGGCUCGCCUCCGUUCUCAGCUGAAAACAGGAAGAAGACCAUUGAUAAAAUCCUGAAGUGUAAACUGAACCUUCCUCCAUACCUCACGCCAGAUGCCAGAGAACUUGUUAAAAAGUUGCUGAAGAAGAACCCGGCACAGAGACUUGGUUCUAGUAAAGCAGACUGCGCAGACAUACAGAAGCAGCCUUUCUUCCGCCAUAUUAUCUGGGACGACCUGCUGAAUAAGCGAGUGGAUCCACCCUACAGGCCAUCGCUGCAAUCAGAUGAGGACGUCAGUCAGUUUGACACUCGCUUUACCAAACAGACUCCAGUGGACAGUCCUGAUGACACGACACUGAGUGACAGUGCAGAUCAUGCGUUUGCUGGCUUCACCUAUGUGGCCCCGUCAGUGUUGGAGAGCCUGAAGGAGGGGUUCUCAGUAGAACCACGGUUACGCCCCGUCCGCAGACACCACAGCAGCCCCCGCACCCCCAUAAGUCCUCUCUCAGAGCCCUUUAAGAUCAGUACAUAUGGAGAGGAGGAGCCUCAUACUCAGGCUCCGCCCUUCCCUGUUGAAAAUGGUGUCUCUAAGCCAAUCAGAACGCCGGGACACAACAAGAAAAAAGGUCGUCGUGGCGGGAAAUGAAGCCGUCGAUCAAUCAGAUUUCUACAGGACACUAAAGAGUCUAUUAAAUGUCCCUCAUCUACCCUAAUCACAACCCCCACCCCCAGCUCCACCCCCACACACUCUGUCUAAACCAAAGCACCAUGACAUAACAAGGAAAGAAAAAAAACAUCUUAAGCAUAUUGGUAUUGUUGGAAUGUGUUAAUACUGACUGUGAAUUAACUCUAUUAAUUUUUGGAUCAUGUGAGCACACGUGGAAGAACUUUUCCUCCUGAACACAUGAAAAAAAUCACAAAGAGACUUCACAUAUUAUUGGGUCAUUUUGAUUGAAAUUAAUUAUUUACUAUUUUACUAUACUGGUUUUAAUUUAGAUUAUUUUUUUUUUUGUUCCUUUUGCUCAAAUUUGGGGAUAUUACUUUAAAUGAUUAAAUAAAUCUUCAUUCACUAAGUA